AUGAAAGUGGAUCAGCUUCUUCAUGGGGGAGUUAUGCCAUCAUUCUUGGCACAAUUAAGAUGUUUGAAGAUAGUCAGCAAUGGUACUACCCAACUUGCAAGAACGAUGGGUAAGAGUGUUGGUUUUCCUGUUGAGAUUAAUGAACUUAUUGGUAGAAAAAUGGCUUUCAAAAUUAUAGUUAAAGGCUUUACCUAUGGAAGAAAAUACAUCCUUAGUUACAACAUAUCAAAGAUGAGUGAUAAUGCUGACAUAAUUUUUGCGCUCGAGAAGCUUGAAAAGGCAAACCACGUUGAACAGGACAUUGAAACUGAGUCUGUUAAUGUCGUGGUCUCAGAUUUCAACUCUCAGGAUACAAUUGGGUUUAAGGGUUCUGCUUCCGUCGUUGCUGAUAAUACUCCUAUCUCUACUUUUCCAAAUACCAUUUCAAUGAGUCCAUCAACCAACCAUGACACCACUAGCCUCCUUUCACCAACUACCAAUGCGAAACGUAAACUUGUAGAUGUUUACGAUCUUGAAGAUACUGUUUGUGAGUCAUCAACAAAACCUUCAAAAAAAUCCAUUGGAAUCAAGGAAAGUGUUGUGUCAACACAACUAUUGAUUCCUAAAGUCGAGAAGUGA